ACGAACGCUAUAUAGAUUCAAGUUGUCGCUAUCGCCGAACCCUGGACCAAUUAGCCUGCAUUUUACUUUCUUAGCCGGCGAUGGCCGGCCUAGGAGGCCUGCGCGGUGUUUCUGCCGGGCAAGAUGCUCGCUUCUCAGAUAAGCAGAAGAAGACAUUGAAGGAGCUGGUUAAGUCCGGAAAGGUCCCGAAAGAGCUGGACCUCAAGGUUGACAUGAAGAAGGUCAACUGGCCGGUGAUGAAGGAGUGGAUCGCCAAGCGCGUGACGCAGCUGCUGGGUGGGCUGGAGGAAGAGGUGCUCAUUGGCAUGGUGUACAAUUUCCUGGAGGAUCCAGAGAUGAGUGGGAAAAUGCUGUACGUCAACUUGCUGCCGUUCCUUGAAAAGAACACGUCUCUGUUCUGCAAGGAGCUGUGGCUGCUGCUGCACAGCGCCAACCAGACGGCCUCGCACAUACCCCAACAAAUGCUGGACGCGGAGGCGGAGCGGCAACGCCAGCAGCGGCAGCAGCAGGAGGCGAUACAGGCGGAGCUAGAGCUGAAGCGGCUUGCGCAGGAGGCGGAGCGCGCGGCGGCGCUAGCGGCGGCGCAGGAGGCGGCGGAGCGGCGCGUGGCGGAGUUGAAGCGUGAGCCCGGCGCCGACGGCGAGGCGCUGCCGCCGCCGCCGCCCUUGCCGGGGGGCCGCGAGCGGCGCCGCGGCUGGGAGCCGCGGGAGGGUGACGCUGAGGAGCCGCCGCGGGAGCGGGAGGGCGGGCGGCACCGGUGGGAGCCACGUGACAUGGACGCGCCGGCGCCGCGGCGGGAGCGCAGGGGAUGGGAGCCGCGGGAGCCGGAGGGCGGCGCCCGCGACGGCCGUGACGGCAGGGCCAGCCGCUGGGACUCGGGCCGCGGAAGGGGGGACCGGGUUGAGGGCCGCGACCGCGACCGGAGCAGGGAGCGCGAGCGCGGCAGCCGCUGGCGGUCACCAGAGCGGAGGCGCUCGCCCGAGCGGAGGCGGUCACCAGACCGCCGCCGCUCACCAGAGCGGGAGCGGGGCCGCGGACGGCGCUCGCCCAGUCGCUCGCCGGUGCGGUCGCCGAAGCGCUCGCGCUCGCCUGUCCGCCGCCGCUCGCCAGAUCGCUCGCCGCGGCGCCGAUCGCGGUCGCGCUCACCGGGCGGUCGGGACCGGGACCGUGCCGGCGCGGGUCGGCCGCGGGACCCGCCCAAGCGUAGCCGCAGCCGGUCUCCCUCCGGCGAGCGGGAGCCGCGGCGGCAGGCACAGGAUCCGGCGCCGGCUCAGCGGGACGGCCAGCCUAGCCCUGCCAGGGCCCUGGAGGCGAAGGAGAAGGAGCAGGACUCCGCGCUGCACCCGGCCGAUGCGGUGCCGGCGGAGGGCAACGGGACAGAGGGCGCAGCGGCGGCUUCGCAGGAGGCGUACAAGGACAAGGGCGACAAGGAGCACAAAAAGAAGGAGAAGAAGGAAAAGAAAGAGAAGAAGGAGAAAAAAGAGAAGAAAGAGAAAAAGGAGAAGAAGGAGAAGCGGGACAAGGGCGCGAAGGAGGGUGACGUGGCGGCAGGCGGGGAGGGGCCAGGUGCGGGUGUGGGUGCCGGUGGCGAGAAGGGCAGCGACAGCGAGUCGGAUGCGGAGCUGGCAAACCUGCGCGCGCAAGCGCUGCAGUCGGCUCGUAGCCUGUAGGUCAUUCUACCAGUAUGUGCUCUUCAUGUUGACGCGGUGACGCGGUGUUUGUCAGGGUACGGUAAACGCCUGUGCGUGUCAACCCGAGCCUACCCAAGGCGUUGGUUUGUUUGGAGCCGGUGCCGUAAUGCCACUGGUGUUUGGACCACCGUGUGCUGACGGCACCGCACUGGCGGGCCAGAACUAGACUUGACCCGGCUGACCACAAGUGACGAGGGUUGACUAGGCAGACACGCAGACGCAGACCAUUCGGUAAGGUGAGUAC